GUGUUGCUCUCGUACCGAUUAUCGGUGUCUAGUGGAAACCACCGACGUCCAAACAUUUCCCUCCAUCCUCUUCGUUUUCCCAGCCUUGUCUCCCGGAAUUUAGCAAAUACCGUCAAAUAGGCAUCUCUCCGAAGCAAGCAAUCCCCUCAAUACCGUCCCCUCCCUCGCCUCGGACCUCGAGCUAUGACGACUGAAGAAGGCAAGCGCCGCGCCGAGGCGCUAGUCCCCAAGUUCAAGUUCGAACGUGUGCUUAAUCAAGACGACGCAGGGCGACGCCUUACGCUGUACGGACAUGUCGACUCGGAACCCGCACUCUUGAUACUGGAGCGUGCGCCCUUCCCCGAUUCCGAACGGUAUCUCUCCGUCCUACCGACCAGCCUGCGGAGCGUUACGAACCUUGGAAACAACGACAUAUACUCCUGGUUCUUGGCCACCGGCGGGCCGAUUCCGCACGAAAACGAGGGCGACAAGUUUGCCGACAUUAAGAUGUCCAUGAUAUGGCCCUGCACGGACAAACACGUGAAGAAGCACAGCAAGCAGGGGCUACGCUUCGUGGUGGAGACACCUGAAAUAUACCGCGACAACAUCCGGCCAUUCAUGCAGGCGAACCGGGAAGAGGGUCGUCUCAACUGGGUCUACAACAUCAUCGAGGGGAGGAAGGAGGUGGAGGAUGUUAUCUACAGAACACCACUAGGACGGGACGGCGACGAGGGCUUCUUGAUGCUUCCCAACCUCCACUGGGACCGCAAGACGAUUGAAGCGCUACACCUGCUUGGAAUAGUCGAGCGGCGGGACAUAUGGAGCCUGAGAGACCUGAGGAAGAAGCACAUCCCCUGGCUUAGACACAUGAGAGACAAGCUGGUAGACGCUACGGUCGAGACGUAUCCGCAGAUCGACAAAGACCAGCUCAAGCUGUUCUGUCAUUAUCAUCCGACCUACUAUCAUUUCCACAUCCACGUCGUGCACGUCAUGCUAGAAGUGACCGCAACUCAAUCGAUCGGGAAAGCGAUCGGUUUAGACAGCAUCAUUGAGCAGCUUCAGUCCAUGUCGGGCGACGAUGAGACUGGCAUGGAUUCAAUUUCGCUAAGUUAUACGCUGGGAGAAGCGUCAGACCUGUGGACUGAAGUAUUUGAACCCUUAAGAACUACGAAAUAGCUUCUCAAUCGCAAUGACGAGGUCGUUGACAGCGGGUCCGCUAGGGCAGUUCACCCACUCCCCGCCGUC